AUGGAGAGCCCAGAGCUAAAGGCUUCGUUUCUAAGCCGCUUGACAUGGCACUGGAUGGGAGCCAUGAUCUCCACAGGGAACAAGCGUCCCUUGGAGAUGAGCGAUUUGUAUGAGCUUAAUCAAGAGGAUAAGGCAGAAUCUUGCGAGCAAAGAUGGAACGAAUGCUACGAGAAAGAGGGGAGCAAAAGAGUGUUGCGAGUGAUCUUGAGGUUCCUGGGAGUGAAGUUCUUCCUCUUGUUUAUCUUGCGCCCUUUGUGGCUGGCAGCGCUCAUCUUGCAGGUUUAUGUUAUUAAGGAGCUCAUUCAUCGCUCCAGACUCAAGAGCUCCAGAACAUGGAGUGAUUUCCUCCUCGUUGCCGGACUGUUCUUCCUGGCACAAUCCCAGAGCUUAUGCAACAUCUGGAUGUUCUUCUAUGGCUGGAGAUAUGGCGUUCGCUUGCGUGCUGCUUUUUCCAUGGCUGCUUUCAACAAGAUGUUGAGCACAAGAACGGCUGAAUUUAAUGGAUCCUUCGAUAGCUUGCUGUUUAAUCUUGUCAACAGUGAUACCCAAAAGCUGAUUGAUUGCUUGUGUAUACUUCCUUAUGUGGUUUGCUUUCCAUUCCAUUUGCUUGUUGUGAGUUUUUUCUUAUAUCGAGAAGCAGGCAUUGCCACACUUGCUGGAGUAGCUUGGACGGUUGUGGUGGGGAUAUUAAUGGUAAUAAGAAUUCCUGAUUUUUUUUCCAAAUUGCUUACAUCAUUAUUAUAUUAG